AUGUCUCCCAUGCAAAUCGGCAAAGAGGAAGGUAAGUUGUCAUCAGAUGAGGGGCUCCGGGCUCAGUGCGAUUAUCGGACUUCCGAGGCCAAAGAUAUUGAGAAAAGCGCUGACCGUGACUGGCUGCCCAUGAAGUGCUCAGGACCACCUGCCCCGUGCAAGGCGAGUUUGAGCGCCGUUGCCGAAAAUGAUUGUCAAUUCGAUCCGAGUCGUGACCUGCGCCGGAAAGUCGCCGUCAAACGAACGAUCCGCCGCCUAGUGUCAGACGAUGGGGAUCAGCAUAUGGAACAGUCAUUCGCGGAAAAGCUCGAGACCAAGUCAAUAGGGCCUUCUGAGCUCCACCUGAUCUCCUCGUCGACUGAGGAAGAACAGCACAUAGAAUCGUCUCGAGCGGCGUUCCACCCUUAUGCCAGAGUGAUUCUGGAAAGUCUCUGUGACAUCCCUCUGUUCAACGUCCCAGCAAAGCCAUGGACAGAUGUGACCGAUGACCGCGAGCUGGUCUAUUGUGACAGCCACGGGGUGUUUUCGGACCCAGAGAAUAUGUUCUCUCGGGGGAAUGACUUUUUCAAAGAAGCAGAACGAUUGUGGGUUGCUCAAGAAGGGCGCCCCACGUUACCGAAUAUUCAGGCACUUCUUUUAAUGAGUAAUGUGGUUUCGCGCCAGGGCAAUACUGCCCAAGGCUGGUUCAUGUUGCGGCAAGCUGUUCACUUGGGCGAGGAGUUGAGUUUGUUCGAGCUCCCAAGAGGAGCCGCCCACCUGGACCCAGGGGGUAAAAUUAUCUUUUCAGGGAUGGAACGCGUCCGUGCUCUUGCAGCUUGGGCUGUUUUCACUCUCAACUUGCAAAUGGUGAUGAAGCUGCGGAAAGGUGCAAAUUUGGCACCACCUGUCACGUAUAUCACGAAGCCAGCGCAUCUCCCUCAAGUCAGGAAAGGGCUCGCGGACUUGACCAACAUCAUGAUGCAAGUGCAAAGACUUUUCUACGAUGACAGGUUUAUCGGAAAGUUUGAAGCCCUUUUGCGAAAGCGGAAGACUUGUAUAAAGGUCUUCAAAGAUGGCUGGCAGAUUGGCCGGACGGAUCGCAGAUCGGGAAAGAACCGAUCCCACAGCUCCUCAUUCUCUGGUAAGGGAGCCAUCAAUUGUCUCCAGGCAAUCAUGAGCCUUUGCGAGAUGCUGACGAAGCGAGAUCAGCACGGCACCAUGGGCCCUCAGUUACGGCAGACAUGUUCUCAACAAGCAGAAGAGAUGUCGCACUGUCUUCGAAUCCGCCGUCAGUCAUAUGGCCUCAAGCAUAUGCCUAGUCAAGUGGUCGACGCGGUUUUGACUACCAUCCGAGCACUGGUGUAUCGACUCGAAAGUGAUGAUGCAAAGCGUGUAUUCACUGAGUUAUGUCGCUUUGGUAUAGCACUCAGCCAGAGAUUCAACCCAAUCGCCGACACCAUCCACGGAAUGCAGACGCUAGCGCAGCGCGGUGUCGUAAACUUGCCCCCCCCGGGUCAGCGCAGUUCUUGA